CCACCAUAAAAUUUUCAGUGAUCAGUGAGAGAACACAAAAACAGAUAACCAAAAAUUUGCAAUAUCUUCCACUUUCCGGCUCAGCCCAAGAAAAUGGCUUGCUACGCCGCAACUUCCGUGGCCGCCCUUCUAUCUCCCAACCCCAAAGCUUCGGCGGCUGCCAGAAAUUCCCUCGCCCCUCGAUCUAUUUCGCUUGCUUCCUCGUUCUCCGGCGGACACUCCGCCGCCCGCGCAAUCCGCUCAUUCUCCACCAGCUUGUCCUCCUCCAAACGACGCAGUUUUUUCGUCCGGGCUAGUGAACUUCCUCUGGUUGGAAAUACAGCUCCAGACUUUGAGGCAGAAGCUGUUUUCGAUCAAGAAUUUAUUAAGGUUAAACUGUCUGAAUACACAGGAAAGAAAUAUGUUAUUCUCUUCUUUUACCCAUUGGACUUUACCUUUGUUUGCCCCACUGAGAUCACUGCUUUUAGUGACCGAUAUGAAGAGUUUCAGAAGCUGAACACAGAAGUUCUUGGUGUAUCCGUGGACAGUGUGUUCUCUCACCUUGCAUGGGUCCAAACAGACAGAAAGUCUGGGGGUUUGGGUGAUUUGAACUAUCCAUUAAUUUCUGACGUGACCAAAUCAAUCUCUAAAUCAUACGGCGUGCUGAUUCCGGAUCAGGGGAUUGCAUUAAGAGGACUAUUUAUUAUCGACAAGGAAGGAGUUAUUCAACACUCCACAAUCAAUAACUUGGCAAUUGGUCGUAGCGUAGAUGAAACACUCAGAACACUUCAGGCUUUGCAAUACGUGCAAGAGAACCCGGAUGAGGUGUGCCCAGCUGGAUGGAAGCCCGGGGACAAGUCCAUGAAGCCCGACCCGAAGCUCAGCAAGGAAUACUUUUCUGCCAUUUAGGCUUUUUGGAUUUGGUCAAGGAAGAACCAUAUUGUUGUUGUUGUAAUUUAGAUAUUUUGACUUUGGGAAUUUUAUUUUAUUUUUUGUUGAAAUGUUCCAUCUCCUUUUUUGGGUAGAUUUGCUUUGGAUUGACCUCUGAGAAAAUUUGAUUGAAUAAAGUGCCCAGAUUCCAUUCUCCAAUCUCCACCAUUGUUUAUUUCUUUGAU